AACAUCUCCCGAGGGAAAAUAACAUCAUCGACGUCUGCUGCUAACACUUGAAGGUCGCGUGUUCAUCUUUCUUCGUCUGCUGCUCCACCCUCGUCCAGAGGUCACUCGCUACGCAUAUACAAUAGAGCUUCAAACCACCAAACCCACACAUCAUCACCAUGUCCGACUCGACCUCUUCCCCCGUGGCCGCUGCCCCCUCGACCGCCAUGACGCGUCCCGUCAGCGAGGCCCUUCUCAACGAGAAGUGGGACCGCUGCCUCUCCAACCUCCUCAUCAAGUCCACCCUCGGCCUCGGCUUCGGUGUCGUCUUCUCCGUCCUCAUCUUCAAGCGGAGGGCGUGGCCCGCCUUCGUGGGCGUCGGUUUCGGUGCCGGCCGCGCGUAUGAGGAGUGCAACACCAGCCUGAAGCAGGCCGCCAGGGAAAUCCGUGCCCAGGCCUAAGCCGGUCAAUUGAACUGACAGGAGGAGGAAGAUCAAAAAGCUUGAUUCGGAGUACUCGGUGUUGGAGGAGACGGCGAAGGGAAAAGGGAUGUCUUAUCAUUCUUAGGUUCGGGGGAGAGCGAAAGAGACAAGACACAAUGCUAGAGGAGUCAUGAUGCGCCAAAGACCCAGAGACCCAGACAGACGAGACGGAGCCGCGGAUUCCCCCCCACAAGCAAGAGACUGCGAUUAUUCCCUUUGUGUGUACAACCAAAACGUUCAACGACAUAGAGUAGGAGACAGCUGACAGAGAGAUGGGCGUGGAUGACAUGCGAUUGCUGUGGAUGUUCGGGUUUGUGUGACGAGCGACUGACAGGAACAAUAGACCAAUCUAUUUACUAUCUACCCCAACAGACUCAAGCUGAUGGAGAACCUUCAGCAGGCCAAGAGAGUGGGCUGAGAUAACAUCAGUCCACCAGCGAGCAUUCGACAAGGACUUGAAUCAAACACAACAACU